AUGGCGGUGUCGUGGCGCACGCAGGUGUUCCUGCUGUUUGUGUUAUCGGUGACAGGAAUACAAGGAGCAAGAAUAUUAGCGUAUUUCCCGACUCCGUCCAUUAGUCAUCAAGUUACCUUCCGUCCUUUAACUCAGGAGUUAGCUAGGCGCGGUCAUGAAGUCUACGUUGUCACAGCUGAUCCAGUCUUCCCGAAAGGACAAGCUCCUGCAAAUCUAACGGAGAUAGAUGUACGAGAAGGUUCAUAUAAAAGAUGGCAACAAGUUUUAGCACAUCACAGUGGCAAUAAAGAUGAUAUACUGCUUCAAGUGAAAAAGAUAUUCGAAAGUUUUGCAGCAGUCCUCGACUAUCAAAUGGAGACACCACAAGUGAAAUCUAUCAUAAGGAACAAACCAAGAAAUUAUUAUGAUUUACUUAUACUAGAAGCUUGCAACCGUCCACUCAUGGGAAUGGCUCAUAUAUUUGAUGCACCGGUGAUUAUAGUGAGUUCUUUUGGUGCUGUUUCUUUGCAAUACAGUAUGUUCGGUGCGCCUACACAUCCAUUAUUAUAUCCUACACCUGGUAGUCAAAGAUUAUAUAAUCUAACAUUUUGGGAGAAAGGAUUUGAACUUUUUAAGAAUGUCGCAUUAAGUUUCCUUAUUUCAUCGACUGAGGAUUUUGACAAUCAAAUAAUGAGGAAACAUUUCGGCAAUGAUGUUCCAACAUACGAAGAACUAAGUAGUGCAAUUCGAAUGAUGUUCCUGAACGAACACCCAAUUUGGGCGGACAAUCAUCCCGUACCGCCAAGUAUCCAGUACAUUGGUGGUAUACAUCAAGCCGAAGCUAAAGAAUUACCUACGGAACUCAAGAACUAUUUAGAUUCAUCAAAAAAUGGUGUCAUAUAUGUAAGUUUUGGCACAAAUGUCUUACCUUCUAUACUACAACCAGAAAAGAUCCAGGUUAUGGUAAAAGUAUUUUCUGACCUACCGUACAACGUCCUUUGGAAAUGGGAUAAGGAUACAUUACCGGGACAGUCAAAGAACAUUAAAAUAGCAAAAUGGUUCCCACAAACUGAUGUACUACGACAUCCCAAUGUAAAACUAUUCGUAACACAAGGAGGUAUACAAUCAACCGACGAGGCUAUUGACGCUACAGUACCAUUAAUUGGUAUUCCAAUGUUGGGAGACCAAUGGUAUAAUGUUGAAAAAUACGUUUACCACGGAAUCGGAAAACAGCUAGACUUAUUAACUCUAACGGAAAAUGAAUUCAAAGAAGCAGUGACAACCGUGAUUGAAGACAAAAGCUUCAAGAAUAACAUCGUCCGACUAAGAAAUAUAAUGAGGUCGAAUCCUAUCAAACCUCUUGAUAAAGCUGUUUGGUGGGUAGAACACGUCUUGCAGUACGACGGACAUCACCUUCAAUCCCCUGCUGCUCGCCUGACAUGGUUUGAAUACUAUGAAAUUAAAUUAGUUUUAGUAUCGGUAGCCAUUGUAGCAUCAAUUUUAGCCAUCUUAGGUUAUAUCACUAAAUUAAUCAUCAAACUUAUUUAUAAUUUAUUAAAAUCAAGUAUAAAAAUUAAAGUUCAAUAG